CUUUUGGAAUUAUCCGUACGUAUCACGUGAUUUUUAAAGAAAGUGUGUUUAUUUUGCCAAUUAUUUUCUAAUAUAUUUACUCUAAAAUAAAUGAUAGUCAGUUAAAUAUUUAUUUGUCAACAAUACCUGACCGAAUGCAUCAUCUCGACUUGGGAUUGUUUAAUUAUCAAGUGAUCUACACAAGGGUGUUGUUAAAAGAAUUGUGUGGUCAAAUAGCGGUUGACGAACUUGAUAAUCGUUUGGCUAAAAUUCCACGAUUUUCUGGCCUUAAGAUAUUCAAGAAUGGCCUGGAAAAUAUUAAGCUGUUUACUGCCAAUGAAUUUCUUAAUAUGAUGAAAGAAUAUGGAGCAAUCAACGGGUUUACAACGGAAACGUAUGAAUUUUUACAUAAAGAAGCCGUAAAAAUACCCUAUAGGUCUAGUAAUAAGCGUGACCCAACAGAUCAAAUGAUUAAAUCGGUUUACCGAAAAGGGAUAAUUAAAUACUUACUUCAGCGUACAAAUGUUAAUAGACGCAAACAAAAAACUCUAAUGAAUAGUUUGUUAGGCACAUUUAAUUUGCAAGAUUUUGAUGCGUUUUUCAAUAAUUACCGAUCAAACAAUAGCUUGGCCCGUGAAGCUCUAACGGCUCUAGAAUAUUUUCUGGAAUCGUUAAACGAGUUUUUAGAUUUAUGUGAAGGGUUAACCGAUAAUGAAACUAUUAAUAUUAGUUGUUUGUUAGGCACAUUUAAUUUGCAAGAUUUUGAUGCGUUUUUCAAUAAUUACCGAUCAAACAAUAGCUUGGCCCGUGAAGCUCUAACGGCUCUAGAAUAUUUUCUGGAAUUGUUAAACGAGUUUUUAGAUUUAUGUGAAGGGUUAACCGAUAAUGAAACUAUUAAUAUUAGUUGGUAUAGUUAUGCUAAUAUUUCUUCAAGCGGGGAUUACAUUAGAGCAAAAAGCUUGUAUUAUAACGAACCAUCAUUUAGUGAUGUGUCAAUCAGCAUGAGCAAGGAAGAGUCUGAAGAUUAUAAUACAGCCGAAGGUGGUGCAUGUUUUGGCAAGGUUCUUAUGUUGAUUAACGUUAAAAUUAUCGAAAAAGAUUUGUCGUUUGAUCUUGCCCUUGUACAAUGGUACGAUUUUUGUAAUUCAAGACAAUUAUACAAAUAUGAUUGUCCUUGGUUGAAGAUUAUAAACACGUAUAACUUUGUGCCUAUUGAAUCAAUUAUAGAAUUGGUACAAGUAGUUCAACGUGCCGAACGACAAAAUGAAUAUUUUGUUAAUACAUUUAUGUUUUAA